UCUGGCAUUCCUCCUAACUGUGACGGCUUCCAUCUCAUCGCAUCCGGUGACCAAUGCGAUACGAUUGAGGCCAAGUACGGCAUCACCGAUGCCCAAUUUAAGGCCUGGAACCCCAGCAUUGAUAGCUUGCACAUCCCGGGCGCCACAACAACCACCUCGACUCCCCAACCCACAUCCACGGGAACCCAGCCGCAGAUGCCUGGCAUCGCGAGUAACUGCAAAACCUUUUACAAGGUCAAAUCCGAUAACUGUUACACGAUCAACACGGCUGCGGGCAUCACGCUCGCCCAGUUCCGCUCCUGGAAUAGCCAGAUUGAUGCCAGUUGUACUAACUUGUGGGUGGACUACUAUGUCUGCAUUGGACUGUAG